AUGCUAGAGUAUGUUCAAUUUUUUUCGACCAAGUCUCUGACUGUAUUUCUAACCUUCUUCACAGCAAAUCAGAUACACAACCCCUUCCCCAGUCCACACGCUGGCUUCAAGCUCAACGAUUUCUUAUCAAACGAGGGACCGGUGAAGCAGAGGGUUCUCGGGUUGGAUGGGGAAAAUGUGCUUGCGCACAAGCCCAACCUGAAAAGGCAGCUCAACAGGCAAGUCGAGCUGCAACUUGAAUACGAUCCUCCUGGUGGAGUUGAUCAUGAUCAUGAGGUUGGGGACCCUUAUGAGCUUCCGCCCAACACACCCCCACCAGAUGCACCACCACCCAAUGAGCCCCACAUACCACCUGUCAAGCCCGACACACCACCACCCAACACACCCCCACCAGAUGCACCUCCACCUGACGAGCCCCACAUACCACCUGAUGAGUCCCACAUACCACCCAAUGAGCCCCUCCACCCUGUCUUUGACAUAGAUAGGCUUGAGGAGGCUGCUAUUCUGCCGAAGCAGAAAGAUGCCAUAACCUUCAUAAAGCUAUUACGAGGGGCGUCUUUGGAUGAUGGAGUUGCAAAAUUGGAUGAUGCUGCAUUGAGCCAAUUGCGGAAUCCAUACCAGACACGUCUUGAAAUCAACAGCAGUGCUGUUCGGCAUGGGAUUACAUCAUACUUUGCAUUAGAACACUCUGCAAUUAAUGCAUACGAGACUAUCUGA